ACGGCCAAGUUUGUAUUUUUGCAACGAAAAUGAAAAAUCCUAUAUAAGCCAAAGCCUAUCUCUGUGGCUGUAACCCUAAUUGCACCGAGCCACCUAUUGGGUCUACACUCUUUCUUCAUUUCAUUUCUAAAACCCUUUCUCUUCUUCAUACCCUUCAACCAAAUCCAACCUCUUCACUAAGUGACAGGGACUUAAGAGUCGAGCUACCAUGUCGGAUGAUGAAAGGGAGGAGAAGGAGUUGGAUCUCUCUUCUCCUGAAGUUGUCACCAAAUAUAAGACUGCAGCUGAGAUCGUUAACAAGGCCUUGAAGUUGGUCAUUUCAGAAUGUAAACCGAAGGCAAAAAUUGUGGACAUUUGUGAAAAGGGGGAUUCUUAUAUUAGAGAGCAAACUGGUAAUGUGUACAAGAAUGUGAAGAGGAAGAUUGAGAGGGGUGUUGCUUUUCCAACAUGCAUAUCUGUGAACAACACAGUCUGCCAUUUCUCUCCACUAGCCAGUGAUGAGACAGUGUUGGAAGAAGGUGAUAUAUUGAAAAUUGAUAUGGCUUGUCAUAUAGAUGGUUUCAUUGCUGCCGUGGCUCACACCCAUGUUCUUCAGGAAGGUCCUGUUACAGGAAGGGCAGCUGAUGUCAUUGCUGCUGCAAACACUGCUGCUGAGGUGGCCUUGAGGCUUGUAAGGCCAGGAAAGAAGAACAAGGAUGUAACUGAUGCAAUUCAAAAGGUUGCUGCUGCCUAUGAUUGUAAAAUUGUUGAGGGUGUUCUUAGCCACCAAAUGAAGCAGUUUGUUAUUGACGGGAAUAAAGUUGUGCUUAGUUUGUCUAAUCCGGACACAAGGGUUGAUGAGGCAGAAUUUGAGGAAAAUGAAAUCUAUGCUAUUGAUAUAGUAACCAGCACAGGGGAUGGCAAGCCUAAGCUGUUGGAUGAGAAGCAGACUACUAUUUAUAAAAGGGCUGUUGACAAGAAUUAUCACUUGAAGAUGAAAGCAUCUAGGUUCAUUUUCAGUGAAAUAGGCCAAAAGUUUCCAAUCAUGCCAUUCUCUGCAAGGGCUUUGGAAGAGAAAAGAGCUCGUCUCGGUUUAGUGGAAUGUGUCAACCAUGAGCUCUUGCAGCCAUAUCCUGUUCUGCAUGAAAAGCCUGGUGAUUUUGUUGCACACAUCAAAUUCACUGUCUUGCUAAUGCCAAAUGGAUCUGAUCGAAUCACAUCUCAUCCUCUCCAAGAGUUACAGCCCACAAAAACUAUAGAUGAUCCUGAUAUUAAGGCCUGGCUUGCCUUGGGUACAAAGACAAAGAAGAAGGGUGGUGGAAAGAAGAAAAAAGGUAAGAAAGGGGACAAAGCAGAUGAGUCAGCUGAAGCUGAGCCUAUGGACUCAACAAACGGGGCCACACCCCAAGAUUGAGUUAACAUACCCCUUUCUUUUCCCCAUCAAAAGGCUUUUCAUUUCAUUUUCAACACCCUUUUCAAUUUUGGUACAUUGUUCACCAAAUUGUAUUUUGCUUGGAUAUGAAUUUUAGUAUAGUGUUCAGACAUCGAUUCUAAUAGCAAUUUUCAUAUGCAUAUUCGACGCAUAUAUCAACUUCUAGAAAGUAAAAAUGGUUGCUUGGAAAUGUU